AAAAAGGACAAAGACCAGGACACAAAAUGGCUUCAUCACUGGUGGCCUUCGCCGGAGUCGUCCUGCUUUUCUCCAUGGCUUCCGCCCAAAUCAGAGGAGACAACAUCGGCAUCCGAAAUGACAACACCAUGAUGUGCCACCCCAACGAAGGCUUUGGCAAGUACUGUCCCACCACGUGCGGGGUGGCUGACUACAUGAACGAAUACACGACCAGGGUCCACGAGACCCUGGACAAUAUGCAAAAAGAGAUGGAUAACAUUGCCAACCUGACGCAGGGAGCGGAAGAACGUGUCAUUUACAUGAAAGACAGCGUCCAAACGGUCCAGAAGAACAGCCAGCCCGACGUGUUCUUCAAAAGGUCGUCCAGUAUGCUGGAUGACGUGAUCCGCUUUGAGAGGACCAUCAUUGACCAAGAGAAGCAAAUAUUCGAUCUGGAGGAUGCCGUCGCCACUAACGAGAGGAGAAUGACAGACUUGAAGAUGCUCUCUAGUCAGCUGCAGAAGACGUGCAGCCAACCCUGCAAGGACACGGUUGAGAUUCAGCCCACCACAGGAACAGAUUGCCAAGAUAUCGCCAACAAAGGUGCCACCGUCAGUGGAAUUUACUACGUAAAACCGGCCCAAGCUACUCAACAGUUCCUGGUCUACUGCGAGAUUGACAGCUCCGGGCGCGGCUUCACAGUCAUCCAGAGAAGGCAGGAUGGUAGUGUGGACUUCCACAAGGACUGGAUCCAGUACAAAGAGGGCUUCGGCUACCUCUCCCCUGACGACAGCACCGAGUUCUGGCUCGGCAACGAGAAGAUCCACCUGCUGUCCGUGAGCAGCAACAUCCCAGUGGUGUUAAGAAUAGAGCUGGUCGAUUGGGACGGCAACAAAAGAUAUGCCGACUACGCCAUGUUCCGGGUCUCGCCGGAGAUCGACAUGUAUCGCUUGACCUACGGCUACUACUUCGGCGGCGACGCCGGCGACGCCUUCAACGGCUUCGACUUCGGCGACGAUCCCAGCGACAAGUUCUUCACGUCACACAACGGCAUGCAGUUCAGCACCUUCGACAAGGACAACGACAAGUACGACGGCAACUGCGCCUUGCAGGACGGCUCGGGCUGGUGGAUGAACCGGUGCCACGCUGCCCAUUUAAACGGCAAAUACUACCAGGGUGGGCGGUACACAGAGAAGGACACCGGUGAGUUCGGCUACGACAACGGCGUCAUCUGGGUGACGUGGCACAACCGCUGGUACUCCCUGAAGGAGACCACCAUGAAGAUCAUCCCUGUAACUCGCAUCGCGACAGGCAGCGGACAGCAGGUGAAUGUGAAGCAGUUUGGCGUAAAGGAAUAAUCUAAUAAUAAGGGAACACUGUUGUUGCUGUUCAUUAUU